AUGGCUUCUGUCGCAGAAGCCCGUCGAAGUCCAUUCUCUCCCGACGCACACAACGCAAACCUCCACAAGACCAUACCCAUUCUCCCCUCCUCCAGCUCAUCGCUGGCGCCGCCCCGAGACCCCAUGGAUAUCACCCCGGCCUCGGCAUCCACAAUGGGUCCACCCACCCUGAACGGCUCAACCUUUGAGCGGAAUGGCACAGCUCAAUCUCAGACGCAAUCACAAAGUCAAUCUACAAACGGCGAUUUAGGGGACACAUCGCCCAAUGGCAGCUCGGCCCCGGCAGUGGGCGCUGCAGCGGCCGCACAGCAGCCAAAGGUCGUCCAGACUGCCUUCAUCCACAAGCUCUACAACAUGCUCGAGGACCAAAGCAUACAGCACCUCAUCUCAUGGUCGAGCACAAACGAAAGCUUCGUAAUGUCACCCUCCAGCGAGUUCUCCAAAGUAUUGUCAUCGUAUUUCAAGCACACCAACAUUUCCUCUUUCGUCCGUCAAUUAAACAUGUAUGGCUUUCAUAAAGUGAGUGACGUCUUCCAUACGGGAUCUCCUGACUCUCCACUGUGGGAGUUCAAGCAUGGAAAUGGCAACUUCAAACGUGGCGAUCUGGUCGGUCUACGCGAGAUCAAGCGACGUGCCUCGCGGCAUGCACUCAUCCAUCGAGACUCUUUCUCAGCACCCAAACUUCCCACCGGUCCACCAGUAGGACAACCAGUCGAACCAAUGCCGGAUCCUGUCGAGUCUCGCCUCAAUGGCCUCGAACAUAGCCUGUAUGACAUGCACGCCCGAAUGCAGCGGUCAGAAGACACCUGUGCCUACCUCAAUCAAAAGACCUUGGUCCUAAUGGAGGGCAUGAUGCGAUGUCACCAGUGGAAUCAAGACCUCUCAAGCUAUAUUAUGGCCAUGGUGCCAGACCCGGAAAAUCCAAUUCACAGGGAUGUCUCGAUGAUGCAGCGUGACAUUAGUCGGCAUACCGACAUGCUGCGAGCAUUGGAACCGCCCGAGGAACCCCUCUCUGCACGUCAGCCCUACUUCAUGCAAAUCGACAAUAGCAAUGGUCCUCCACUCUCGCCGCGGCAAAUGCCUCAAGACAAUUUGACCGAUUCGCGAAGAGGUUCGUUGGCCAGUAUUUCACGCCAAGCACCCUACAAGGCUCCGGUUCCCGCCCAUAUUGCGAUUUCUCCGCGACGGUACGGCUCAAUAGGCACGGGUAAUUACUCUCCAUCUUCAGCCAGAACCCCAGCUCAACACCAGCCACCCCCACCUCCACCACCGACUAUCCAGCAGCCGGGAGCAGCAAACCUGGGGAACAAUCUGGGGAGCAGCUCGUCCCCGCCCUACAACUUGUACAGGCGGCAUACCUCGGCAGAUAUUCGCACCGUUGGCUGGCAGCCACAACCGCCGGCCGGUCCAGCACACUCACCCUAUACAUCCGGUCACAAUUCUUCCCAGUGGCCCUCUUCACCGCAUCGGACACCUAUCGGAGGCGGCGACCAGCAGCUCCGUGAUGCUUUGGAAUCUUAUCAGCUUCCCCGCGGUCCAAGGCAGCAGAACUCGAGACAAGGUACUCCGCCUUUGACAAGCGACAAUACACCCUCUACGUUGAGUGCCGAUAGCGGCUGGUCCCUACCGGGCGCGAGAUAUCCGUUCAGGGGAAUCGAUACACCCGGACCACCAACGCGUCGCUCGAGCAUGGCGUCAAACGUGCAUUCGUUGCUCAACCCCGCAGAGACGGCUGAAAGAGCGGACGAAGACGAUGCAGAAGACCCACGUAAGAGGAAGAGGAUGCAGUGA